AAAAAGCUUGAGAAAUAGUAACUUAUGCCAGCAUUACAAUUUGCACAAAAGCCUUACCAUGAACUCUUUUUCUUAAAUGGGUCCACUAAGAAUACCAGCUCCUAUAAAUAGGAGGAGGCCUUUUUCUUUCUUUGGUAGCCGAAAUUCCUCUUUCCUUUUCCCAAUCUCCAUUAGUAACUUUUACCCAAAAAGAAAAAAACAAAAAACCCUAUUAUAACCAGGACUGUGUUUGGACGCUCUUCCACUCUCUCUCCAAACAACCAAGAUAUUUUUCAGCUUCCAAUCUCCGGCGAGUACUAGCACAAUGGUUGACGUCGACCGGAGAAUGAUCGGACUGAACCCGGCCCACAUAGCUGGUCUACGCCGCCUCUCCGCCCGAGCCGCCGCCGCACCACAGCCAUCCACGCCACUUCCCUUCCGUAGCAGCCUCACCACUUUCACUUCACUCACCGAUGAAGUCAUCACCCACCUCAAAAACUCCGGAAUCCAAGUCCAACCCGGUUUGUCCGACUCCGAGUUUGCUAGAGCCGAGGCUGAAUUCGGCUUCGCAUUCCCUCCGGACCUCAAAGCCCUGCUCUCCGCCGGCUUGCCCGUUGGACCCGGAUUCCCCGACUGGCGCUCCACUGGCUCCGCCCGGUUCCAGCUCCGCGCCUCCCUCGACCUCCCCAUCGCCGCCAUCUCCUUCCACAUCGCGCGCAACGCUCUCUGGUCCAAGUCAUGGGGCCCGAAACCAUCCGACCCCGAAAAGUCCCUCAAAUUUGCAAGAAACGCUCUCAAAAGAGCGCCUCUGUUGAUACCCAUCUUCAAUCAUUGCUACAUUCCCUGCAAUCCAUGCUUGGCCGGAAACCCUAUCUUCUUCGUCGACGAGAACCGAAUAUUUUGCUGUGGAUUCGAUCUCUCCGACUUCUUCGACCGUGAAUCUUCAUUGUUUCAAGGUACAGACUCUCAUAUUCUCUCUCUACAACGAUCCGUCAGUGGAAAAUCGGCUGGGUCUUCGUCGAAUUUGUCCAGAAGAAGCCUGGAAAUUGCACCCGUAGGACGAAAGCCGAGAUGGGUUGAGUUCUGGAGCGACGCCGCCGUGGAGCGGCGGCGGAGAAACUCAAACUCUUCGUCUUCUUCGUGUUCGUCGCCGGAACGGUUCUUCGACAUACCCAGGUCCGAAAUGCCGAAUUGGGUUGAAGAAUACAUGCAACAGAUCGGGUCAGUUCUUAGAGAUGGCGGAUGGGAGGAAUCGGACGUUACCGAGAUCGUACACGUGUCAGCAUCCGGGUUCUUCGAAGACGAGAUGGUCUUGUUAGACAAUGAAGCGGUUCUCGACGCUCUGCUUCUGAAAGCUGACCGGUUAUCAGAUUCGCUCCGGAAAUCCGGGUGGAGCACCGAGGAAGUGUCCGAUGCUUUGGGUUUUAAUUUCCGACUGGAGAAGGAGAGGAAACAAGCCAAGUUGUCGCCGGAGCUGGUGGAAAGAAUUGGUAAACUCGCCGGGUCGGUUUCCCUUUCAUGAUAAACCGACCCUUUAUUUGAUAACCACUUACCGGAUCAUCCAGAUUCUUUUCUUUUUCUUUUUUCUUUUAAAAAAAAAUCUCGUAUCCUUGGGAUUUUUUUAUUACUCUUUUGGGUAAAAAAAAAUGAGUAAAGAAGUUAGGAAACGAGUUUAUUUUGGUUGUACUACGAAAGAAAGCGUAUAAAGGUUUCAGAAUUGUAUAAAUCAUUGAAAUACAAAUAUUAUUUUUAUAAAAUAUGUUGGUUUUUUUUUUUUUUCUUUUCUCAGGAAUAUCUUCUGCCUGAACUGUAACAGGUUUCUUAUCAGAA